UUGUCACAACCGCCAAGCUGCCUGACGGACUCUGGGAAAUCUCUGGAAGCCCCCGCAGCCUCCUCGUUUCAGGACCACCCCCCACCCCCCAACACGCUGAAAGGAGUGGUGCCCUUGCAGCUGCAGCCAUGGGGUCCGAGGACCAUGGCGCUCAGAACCCAAGCUGCAAGAUCAUGACGUUCCGCCCGACCAUGGAAGAGUUCAAGGACUUCAACAAAUACGUGGCCUACAUUGAGUCCCAGGGCGCCCAUCGUGCUGGCCUGGCCAAGAUCAUCCCCCCGAAGGAGUGGAAGCCGCGGCAGACGUACGACGACAUUGACGACGUGGUCAUCCCGGCGCCCAUCCAGCAGGUGGUGACGGGCCAGUCGGGCCUCUUCACGCAGUACAACAUCCAGAAGAAGGCCAUGACCGUCGGCGAGUACCGCCGCCUGGCCAACAGCGAGAAGUACUGCACUCCCCGGCACCAGGACUUUGACGACCUGGAGCGCAAGUACUGGAAGAACCUCACCUUCAUGUCCCCCAUCUACGGGGCGGACAUCAGCGGCUCCUUGUAUGAUGAUGACGUGGCACAGUGGAACAUCGGCAGCCUGCGGACCAUCCUGGACAUGGUGGAGCGCGAGUGCGGCACGGUCAUCGAGGGCGUCAACACGCCCUACCUCUACUUCGGCAUGUGGAAGACCACCUUCGCCUGGCACACGGAGGACAUGGACCUCUACAGCAUCAAUUACCUGCACUUCGGCGAGCCCAAGUCCUGGUAUGCCAUUCCGCCCGAGCACGGCAAGCGGCUGGAGCGCCUGGCCAUUGGCUUCUUCCCCGGGAGCUCCCAGGGCUGCGACGCCUUCCUGCGCCACAAGAUGACCCUCAUCUCGCCCAUCAUCCUCAAGAAGUACGGCAUCCCCUUCAGCCGGAUCACACAGGAGGCUGGGGAGUUCAUGAUCACCUUCCCCUACGGCUACCACGCUGGUUUCAACCAUGGCUUCAACUGCGCCGAGUCCACGAAUUUCGCCACCCUGCGCUGGAUCGACUACGGCAAAGUGGCCACACAGUGCACGUGCCGGAAGGACAUGGUGAAGAUCUCCAUGGACGUGUUCGUGCGCAUCCUGCAGCCCGAGCGCUACGAGCAGUGGAAGCAGGGCAAGGACCUGACGGUGCUGGACCACACACGGCCCACCGCCCUCAGCAGCCCCGCGCUCAGCUCCUGGAGCGCCUCCUGCGCCUCGCUCAAGGCCAAGCUGCUGCGCAGACAAAUUAGUCUGAAAGAGACCAGACACUGGAAAAGGACUGAGGAGGAGAGGAAGUCCAGUCUAGAGAGGCGGAGGGAGCAGACCAAAAAGCCGGGGCUGUCGUCUCACCGGAAGCGCAGCCAGCCUAAGAAGUCGAAGCCGGAAGACCCCAAGGCCCCCGGAGAGAGCACGGUGGCCGGGGCAGCCCUCCUAGAGGAUGGUGGCAGUGGGGGUGCCAAGGAGGAGGCGGACCCCGAGGAGGAGGAGGAGCUGCUGCCCAGUCGCGAGGCCGAGGGUGCUGAAGAGGACGGGAGGGGCCGGCUGCGGCCGGCUAAGGCCAAGAGCGACCGAAAGAAGAAGAGCUAUGGGCCCCUGCCCCCACACCUGCCCCUCCUGCCGCCCCCACUGCCCCUGCCACCAACAGCCCCCGAGGAGACGCCCCUGCUGGAGCCCCCCGUGCUAGCUCCAGCCCCCACCGCCACACCAGAGGAGAGCCCGCCGCCUGAAGCCCUCAACAUGGUGCUGCCCGAGGCCCCAGGCGGCUCGGAGGAUGAGGUCCGUCCACGGCCCAUCAUCCCUAUGCUGUAUGUGGUGCCCCGCAGUGAACGGGCCGCCGGCCCCCCACAGCAGGCCCUGGAGCGCCUCGUGCAGAAGGGCGCUGCGUGGCCGGAGCCCGCUACGCCCAUGGAGCUGGCCCUGCCGGAGGGCCAGGGUGGGGCUGGGCGCUCCGAGACCCCUGCCCGGGCUGGCGACGUGCAGGCGCCGCCCACCUUCUCCAAGCUGAAGAUGGAGGUCAAGAGGAGCCGGCGCCACCCGCUGGGCAGGCCGCCCACGCGCUCGCCACUGUCUGUGGUCAAGCAGGAGGCCUCCAGUGAUGAGGAAGCGCUGCCGUUCUCGGGCGAGGAGGAUGUGAGUGACCCCGAGGCCCUGAAGUCACUGCUCUCACUGCAGUGGAGGAACAGCGCAGCCAGCUUCCAGGCCGAGCGGAAGUUCAACGCAGCCGCCGCGCUGACCAAGCCCUACUGCGCCGUGUGCACCCUCUUCUACCCCUACAGCCAGUCCCUGCAGCCAGAGAAGGAGGCCGUGCUCGGGGAGGGCCCCUCGGCCACAGCACCGCUCUCCAAAAGCGGCCAGAAGACUCGGCCGCUGGUGCCCGAGAUGUGCUUCACUGCGAGCGGCGAGAACACUGAGCCCCUGCCGGCCAGCUCCUGCAUCGGGGAUGACGGCACCAGCCUGCUCAUCGCCUGCGCCAAGUGCUGCCUGCAGGUCCAUGCCAGUUGCUACGGCAUCCGCCCCGAGCUGGUCACCGAAGGCUGGACGUGUUCCCGGUGCACUGCCCACGCCUGGACUGCGGAGUGCUGCCUGUGCAACCUCCGGGGGGGAGCCCUGCAGACGACGGCCGACAGAAGGUGGGUGCACGUGAUCUGCGCCAUCGCAGUCCCCGAGGCCCGGUUCCUGAGCGUGAUGGAGCGCCACCCUGUGGACAUCAGCGCCAUCCCCGAGCAGCGGUGGAAGUUGAAGUGCGUGUACUGCCGGAAGCGCAUGAAGCGCGUGUCGGGCGCCUGCAUCCAGUGCUCCUACGAGCACUGCUCCACCUCCUUCCACGUGACCUGCGCCCACGCCGCAGGCGUCCCCAUGGAGCCCGACGACUGGCCCUACGUGGUCUCCAUCACCUGCUUCAAACAUAAGGCGGGCGCUCACCCGGGGCAGUUCCUGCGGGCCGUGAACUUGGGUCAGACGGUAAUCACCAAGAACCGCAAUGGGCUCUACUACCGCUGCUGCGUUAUCGGCGCCGCCACGCAGACUUUCUACGAGGUGAACUUUGACGACGGGUCCUACAGCGAUAACCUGUACCCCGAGAGCAUCACGAGUAGAAACUGUCUCCGCCUGGGGCCCCCUCCCGAGGGCGCGCCCGUGGAGCUGCGGUGGGCAGACGGCAACAUCUACAAGGCCAGAUUCAUCUCCUCGCUGACCAGCCACACCUACCAGGUGUGCCUCCCGUGUUUCACCCCGCACUUGGGGUGCUUGUCAGGUCAGGGGUGGUGGGCCCCUCUCGGUGGGAUCUUACAAAGCCCUAGUGGUUGCAAACAGUAGGCUUCCAUGGGCAGCUCAGGCCCAUCCAGAGGCAGAGAGCGCAGAAGGAAGGCCCGGCCAUCUGCUUCAGGAAGCACUGGCCCAGGAAACGCGGGAGGGCGGAGGUGGUGGGGCAGCCAUGGGAGUCUUUCUGGGGUCUGUGUAAGGCGGCCCUGGCACCCAUCUCUUCCCGCCACCCUCAUUUGUCAGUGGGGAUGUGAAGGCAGAGGGCUCAGCACUGCCGGACCGUGGCCCCAGCCGGGUGUUACUCUCUGAACACCAGGCUUAGCCCUUUGGGGCAAGAGGAGCAGCUGGAGGCCAUGGUUCGAGGCAGUGCCCAGCCCUGAAAAGGCCCUGAGGAUGCAGCGGUUAAGCUCACAGCUGCCAAAGAAGAGGCCGGGCUCUGAGGGAGAGGGGCCUGGUGGCUGACAGAGUGGAAACCUGUUCCUUGCCAACCCCGUUCCGGAGAUGGAAUCGGUGUUUCCUAGACUGGGUGGGGGCUGGGCCUCUGCACCUGGGAGAACAGUGGGUGUGGGUAUGGGUUGCCAGGACACUGAGUCCUUUGUGUUCUGAGAAGGGAGCGGUCAGCCACGCCAGUUGGGGUCGUGCUGUAAGUCUGUAGGAAACAGCCUGCCUCGGCAUUCUCUCUCGGAGCAGCUGGGGCUACCCUGGGGCUCGAACUUCCCACCUUUUGGGUGACAACCCAGCACUGACCUGCACCAGCAGACCUCCUCCCACAGCAAUGUCAGCCUGGGAGGCAUGUGAACCCCCCAGGCAGUCUCACGGAGGACAGGAAGACGGUCUGGUCCCGCCGCCUGUCUCAGCUCAGCCUCUCAGAGAUGUGUGCCAGACCCAUCGUCUCUUCCACGAGGGGUAGGAGGUGGCCACAAACUGUCCCUUGGCACCGAGGUGACCAGGCCCACCGUGCCCUCGCUUUCCACUCAGAACCCCGCUGGAAGCAGGCUGGUUAGCUGGGCCUGCCACGAGCAAGUGUCACCAGGGCACGGGCUGGAUGCCUUUUGUCUCCCAUACCCCGCCUUCCCAAGAAGUACCUAGGAGCCCCGGCUUCUCCGGGAGGGGCAGCAGGUGCUGACUGGACCUUCAGGGUAGCCCCCGCCCAGCCCCAAGAGAUAGCCAGGCUCAGGGAUGUGGGGAGGCGGGACAGUGCUUCUUCCCUAAAGAAGAGUCCAGCAGGGUUGCAGGGGUCAGAGAAAGCCAAGAGCGUGGAAAUGAAGGGGGGUGCUAAGUUGAUGGCAGUGGGGUCUCACAGCCUAGGGGACCAUCAGACCACCCACUUGGCACAGCCAGGGACCCAGGGUUGGGCAGAGCAGGUCACUUAGCCCAGCCAGGAACCCAGGGCUGGGCAGAGCAGGUCACUUAGGCGCUCGGGAGCUUGGUCCAGGUGACGGUGGGCUUUCAGGAGUCCCCUCACCCUGUCUGCCCUGACCCCGGUGCCCACAAGAGACUAAGGUCAGGCCCACUGUCCCUGGGCUACAGCUUUGAAAUCUGGACAUGCUCGCCCCAGUUUGCCUCCCCAGGACGACCGACCGCUCUCAGAACAGCGCUGCUGCCUUAUGGGGUGCUGCCUUGCUCUCUCCCCAAGAUGUGGCUUAAACUUCCCCUGGGCGGGCCCUCCAGCAGGGUCUGGGGAAGGGAACCUGGCAGCAACCAGUACGUUCCCCACAAGGGCCCAACCACAAGGGCCUUCCCUGGCCAGUCCCAGUCGUGAUGUAACCUGUGCCUGCCUGCCCACGUCCCCGCUCAGAGAAUCUAGAGCAGAUCUCUGCCCAGCCCUCUGAUCCAGAAAUUGGAACCUGUGUCCUGCCUUCCUGCCGCGCCUCCACCCCCACCCCACCCCCCACUUUCCUGGGGCAGUUGCGUCUGCUCCUGCAGAAGUGAGGGCAUGGCUUGGUUAGGUGCCCCCUCUUAAGAUGGCUUUGGCCCCCAGAACCAGCAGCUCCCACAGCAGGCC